UUCGUUCACAUCUUAUAUAGUAUAAUUAUAUACAUAUUUCUAUAUAAGUGAAGUGGUGGUGAGAAUCAACAAAGCCCAGACAAACCUUAUCCUGCCAAGUCUUCUAGAACAGCCAUACUCUUGAUUUUCAAGAAGUGGAUGCAAUAGUCUUCCAAAUAUAUAUACCACUGAUCAUGCAGAUUGACAAUCGUGAUUAGAAAUUAUUACAAAUCAAUUUAUAGCUAUACAUUCACCCAAUGGAACUUUCUUGGGUUUACACUUGUCUCUGUGUUCUCCUCCUCGUUCUAGCUUUCAACUUCUUGUCAAAUUCACGAAACCCACGACGAAACCUCCCGCCGAGCCCACCGGCUCUUCCAGUCAUAGGUCAUCUCCACCUACUGAAACCACCUCUCCACCGAACCCUACACAGCCUGUCACAAAAAUACGGCCCCAUCAUCUCCCUUCAGUUCGGGACUCGCCCGAUUGUCGUCGUGUCUUCACCGUCCGCCGUAGAGGAAUGUUUCACCACCAACAACGUCGUCCUCGCCAACCGCCCGCAUUUUUUGAUUGGCAAGCACGUAGGCUACAACUACACCACGAUGGGGGCGUCCUCCUACGGUGACCACUGGCGCAAUCUCCGACGCCUCAGCGCUCUCGAGAUCUUCUCAACCAGUCGACUCAACGCCUUUCUAUCCAUUCGAAGGGACGAAAUCAAGCUUUUGUUAUCGAGACUGUACAAAAACUCAUCCGACGGUUUCGCUAAAGUUGAGCUGAAAUCAAAGCUUUCGGAGCUGAGUUUUAAUAUCAUGAUGACGAUGAUUGCAGGGAAGCGGUAUUUUGGGGAAGACGUGACUGAGGACGACUACGAGGAGGCGAAGCAGUUCCGGGAGCUGAUAAAAGAGGUGUUCAAGUACGGUGGUGCAAAUAAUCCCGCAGAUUUCUUGCCGGUUUUACGAUGGAUUGACUACAAGAACGUGGAGAAAAACAUGGUGCGAAUUACCAAGACGAUGGAUGCGUUUUUGCAAGGUCUGAUUGAUGAGCAUCGACGCCAUAAGAGUAAGGUUACCAUGAUCGAUCACUUGCUUUCCCUACAAGAAUCUCAACCAGAAUACUACACGGAUCAAAUCAUCAAAGGGCUUAUAAUGAUUAUGUUACUCGCGGGCACGGAUACAUCAUCAGUGACAACAGAAUGGGCUAUGUCCCUUCUCCUUAAUCAUCCUGAAAUAUUAAAAAAGGCAAGGGUCGAGUUGGAAACUCAUGUAGGACAAGAUCGGUUGAUUGAAGAGUCAGAUGUUUCAGAAUUGAAUUAUCUUCACAAUAUCAUUUUAGAAACAUUUCGAUUGUGCCCGGCAGCACCACUCUUACUACCACACAUGUCCUCAAAUGAUUGUACUAUUGGUGGACACAACGUGCCACGUGGCACAAUAUUGUUGGUCAAUGCAUGGGCCAUUCACAGGGAUGCUAUGACUUGGGAUGACCCUACAAGCUUUAAGCCCGAAAGGUUUGAAAGCGGAGAAGUCGAGGCACACAAGCUAUUGCCAUUUGGGAUGGGCAGGAGGUCCUGUCCUGGUGCUGCACUCGCUCAACGUGUGGUGGGAUUGACUUUGGGUUCGUUGAUUCAGUGUUUUGAGUGGGAGAGAGUCAGUGAGAAGCAAGUCGAUCUCACUGAAGGAAAAGGACUUACCAUGCACAAAGCUGAGCCAUUAGAGGGCAUGUGUAAAGCACGUGACAUUAUAAAAAAAAAGUCAUUAUUCCUGAAGCAGCAUGUUGAUAUUUAAGCAAUUUUUGUUGCAUGCUAUAAAUAUUUUUUUAAGUUUGUAGUACCUUAAAUAUGUAUUUUACUAUUUCUUAGCCAUUUACUUUUCGUGUUCUAUGAA